GUUCGGUGUAAAUGUUUUUUAUAUCUUAUUCCUGAUUUUGAAACUGAAAGCGCUCAUCAUUCCGAUCGGAAGUGGAGUUCUUCACUUUAUUAUAAUAGCGAAGAGAAUAAAAGAGAUGUGUUACUGUUCAACAGAGACUAUGAACAGCAAUCAAAGCGUUACUGUUUGAUUCAUUCACAGUUCAGAAUCAAUCUGUUGGAGACACCUCUCUGUGGACUAUAAUAGUAAGUCCUCUGUUUCUCCGUCUCAAAUUCAACCAAAUUUGACUUGGGUCUUGCUUAUUUUUUGCCUUUGUUGAAAUUUCAGCUUGUUUUGAGAUGGUCUAUAUUGGUUUUCUUAAUCUUUGGUUUUGGGUAUGAUCGGCGUUUCAUUGAAGUGCGAAUUGAUUGGAGGAUGAGGAAGACAACCUGUGAUCUACUUAUCUCUUUGUUUUUGCAUGCAAUUUGAUUAUAAUUAAAAGUACUAAUUCUCAAUAUGGUGAAAGAUAAGAAAGAUAUUAGGCCUGUUUUAGUGCAACUGGGGGUGGCUUUAGCUCUUUCAUUUGCUGGAUUUCUGUAUUCUCGCAUAAAAUGCAGAAGGCCAACAUCUUCUCAGCCUCCUCAAUCUCCACAGCCACCAGAUCAUGUUAGUGAAGUUGAUGGAGGAGGAAGAGCUGCUGCAUUGGAGAAAACAUCCAGUUUGGGUUCAGUGGAAAGACAUGAAGAUACACAGAUAGUCAAGAUUGCUGCUGAUAAUCCUAUGGUUCUUUCUCCAAGUUGUAGACAUGGUGGGGAAAAAGAUGGGUACCUCUUUCCGGAAUUUAAUGAUCUUGUGGAGGAAUUUGACUUCACUGCCAGUUAUAGUGGGAUAUCUACAAAAGACCUAGAUACACCUACGUUGCACGUGGGAACUACAAGAGCAUUUCAAAAUGUGGAAAAUGAUGAUAAUGAGCAAGAGAUUAGACAUCUGAAUGACAUGGUUAAAAUGCUUCAAGAAAGGGAGAAGAACCUUGAGGCCCAAUUACUUGAGUUUUAUGGCCUUAAAGAGCAAGAAACAGCCAUGAUGGAGCUGCAGAACCGUCUGAAAAUAAGCAAUAUGCAAGCUAAGCUUUUCAAUCUCAAGAUAGAGUCCUUACAGACAGAUAACCAAAGACUACAGGCACAAGUAGCUGAUCAUGCAAAAAUCAUUGCUGAUCUGGAUUCUGCAAAAGCAGAAAUUAAAUUGCUGAGGAAGAUGCUAAGAUCUGAAGCUGAGCAGAGCAAAGAACAGAUCUUAACCCUUAAGAAAAGAGUAAAUCUGUUGCAAGAACAAGAACUCAAGGCCGCUGCAACUGAUUCAGAGAUACAAUUAAAGUUACAAAAGCUUAAGGAUUUGGAGGCUGAGGCAGAAAAGUUAAGGGAGUCUAACUUUAGAUUGCAUCUAGAAAAUUCUGAAUUGGCUCGUCAGUUGGGGUCCACCCAAAUUCUUGCAAAUUCUGUUCUGGAAGAUCCUGAGGUGGAAGAACUAAGAGAACUUAGCAACCGGCUAAGACAGGAAAAUGCAGACUUGGCAAAGGAAGUUGAGCGACUCCAAGCUGGCCGAUGUACUGAUCUCGAAGAAUUAGUCUAUCUCCGAUGGAUAAAUGCUUGCUUGAGAUAUGAAUUGCGCAAUUUUCAGCCUCCUCAUGGUAAAACAGUUGCAAGAGACCUAAGCAAGUCCCUUAGUCCUGAGUCUGAGCUGAAAGCGAAACAGCUAAUACUUGAAUAUGCAAACACUGAAGGGAUGGGGGAGAUUGGGAUUGACAAUUUGGAUUUUGAGUCUGACCAGUGGUCAUCCUCACACACUUCCUAUAUUGCAGACCCAGUGGACUUUGAUGAUUCUUCAGUUUCACCAAAAAACAACUUUAGAAAAAUCAAAAUUUUCAACAAGCUAAGGAGACUGAUUGGGGGAAAUGACAUUCAGCAUCGUAAUCAUGGGUCGUCAGUAGGCAAAACUGGAGGAGCUGAAGAUUCUGAUUCCCCACUUGAUAGUUCAAGUAUUUCAACAGCAACUGAUGCUGCAGGUGAUCAACAAUCUAAUAGAUUACGAAGUCUGUCUCCAGAUUUAUCUAGGCACUCAUCUAGACAUUCUGCAGAUAUCCAAAGAAUGAAGAGUGCAAAGAUGGAUGACACAAAGAAUAUUGAAAUUCGUCGGAGAAAUAGUCACUCUGGAUUCUUUUAUGGGCAUAGGAGAUUUUCGUCAGGUAGGAUAUCUGCUACUGAUUUUUCAACUGAAAAUCAACUAGAACAAGACCCAUAUUACACUGAGAAAUCUGAAUUGUUGAAGAUGGCCGAAGUUCUUAUGGACUCUAGAACAGGAAAGUUUCAUAGAAAAGCAACUUCACUUGGUUCAUUUGAGGCUUUUCAACGCAGAGCUUCACAAUAAUCUCACCUCAUACCUGUUUAUGUAUACUCUUGGUCAGUGUAGAUGAAUGAUAUUCAUAUAAUAGAAACUAGUUGCACAAAAAGAAGCAUUGUAAAUGAAUGAUAAAAUGUUUUUAGUUACCAGCUUAAUCAGCCAUUACACAUUUUAUGCUAGUGACUCAGAUUUUUGAAUGAAUAAUGAUUCCAUAGUUUUCCUCUC